AUGAGUAUUAACGUGCAGCUUCAUGAAGGAGCUGUGCCAAUUCUUGUGUCUCCGUACGAAAACUUUUUCUUCUUAAUUUACCGCGUCAAGCUCACAGUCGAAAGCGGCAAUGGAUAUCCAGGACAGGGUGGCUGCUUUUACAGCAACGAAGGCCGAUGUUACAUCUCACAGUACCGCCUCGUCUUUGUGUCAAGUGUAGCCCGAGAUAAUGCUGCCUACCAGUCAUUUUCACUGCCAUUCUACGGCAUUCGUGACUGGAGCUUUGAUGUCAGCCUUUUUGGUAAAAAAUUCUGGAAAGGUCAUGUAAAUCCCGUUCCGGGUGGUGGGUUAGUUGGUGUCGGAAAGUUUAUUAUGGAAUUUUUGAGCUAUGGUUUUGAUGAAUUUCGCAACCAUGUGCUUCCGUUGUUGGCGAAUUCAAGGUCGCUGCAUCAACAAUUCCGUCAUCUGACAACCCCGUCGGUGCUAUUGGUUCCCGGGGAGCUAGAAGAAAAUAAUGAGAGUGAUUCACGCCGGCUCGCAUACUGUUCUGCGGAAGAUCCCAUGACUCUCUUUAUUGUCAGUAAGGCGUUAUCUAGUCAAUCUGAUCAAUGA